AUGAACAUAGCUACAGGAAUAACACACUGCGAUGGCAACUCUAAUAUUGUACCAACUGCACACGAGUCUCAGGCCUUCAAAGCAAACCCAGUACAAUUUACAGUAACUAAUCAUAAAACACAAGGGCAAUUUCCAUCACCAGACGAAUCAACUUGUCUAUCCAGGAUAACUGCGAGUUCUGGUGAUCUGAGAUUAAGUCCUCUGCAUCUUCAAUCUGUUUCUGGCUCAAAAUCGGUUUCACAGUUAUCUGAAGUUACACAUAGACUACAGUAUGACGAUAAGGUUAACUCUCAAAAUCAGCUAAAAGUGAAUGACACCAAGGAAAUGUAUACACGUGACUGCGAAGGCAAACCUGAAGGGAAACAUGCUAAAGAGGAUCUUGAACAUGAUCCACCACCUGUCCCACAGCGUCAAUUAAAACCCAGUGGCAAACAGACAACACAAAGCGAUUUGGUCACUGGUGAAAUGUCUGCAAAUAAUAACAAUAUGGGUGAUUCUACUUUACCAAGGACACGAAGCUUUCAGAUUGUUCAACAACCCUUGAAUGAGCGAAAAAGGCAACGACACAAUAGCGUGCCACGUAAAGAAGGGAGAAAGACAAUUACAGAGCUUGUUCAACCAAUAUGCGAAGACCCUCCUCCUAAAAAAUCUGAAAAUGGUUGUGAAGAUGAAUUAUUGGAUUUGGAGCCGUCAAGCAAUGUUGGUUUGCCAACAGAUAGGCAUUGCACUGUGGCUAAAAAUGAGGAUAAUCGCAAAGAUUAUGAGCACCACAAACUGCCUGACAUGGUUGAAAAUAAAGAGGAACCAGCCACAGAUAAACUACUUUCUGAGCACCACAAACUAGCGAACGUAGCUGAAAACAAAGGGGAGCCAGCCAGAGAUAAACUGCAUUAUGUUAACUUACCACAAGGCUUUAGACCAAGUUGUUAUCUUUACAUGAAUCUUCCUGAUCCAAAGAAAGCUCCCAAGGAAUCUGUGACUUAUGUCAACCAUGUUUACAUGGGCAGAAGUAUGAAAGGCAUUUAUGAAAAUGUGUUUCCCAUCAUGUCGGAAUGUCCAGAGGGAAAAGAGCCAGUACCAGAACUUCCACCGCCAACACUUCAACCUCGUCAGCCACCACCUCGAAUACCACAGCGGCUACCACCUGGUAGGCAAGUACCGCGAAAUAUGCCACCAAAAUUUCCUACGGCAAGUCCUUUACCUUGUCCACCUCCCCGCCCACCAAGGAAAUCUCUUAAAUGUACAUCAGCUUCAAAGGUAACAAACAUCUUGUGUCAUGAUGUAAUAAUGAAUACAGUUGAAGCUCUCCUUGUGAUCAUUCUCAUAAGCGACCAGCUCUUAAUACGACCACCUUUGUGAAACCCUGUUUGAACUGUUGUAAUGAAAAGCUCUCAUAAGUGACUGCUCCCAUAAGCGAUUACAUCAGCUUUGGAGAUUACCCAACUGUACUUUCCCUUUGUUUUUGAACUUUUGUAAGCGACCACUCAGAGUCUUACAUAUAAAUCAACACUUUACUGAAACAGUUUAGCUAUGUCCAUAUCAGAUAAAAAGACACUCGUUAAACAUUAAUUUCUUCUUUAUGAAUUGUUGAUGAGUUUUUAAGCUCUUGUAAGCGACCACCCUAUAUUUUACUGCCAUGCGGUUGCUAACGAGAGCUCAUUCUCAUAAGUGACCAGCUUUCGUUACGACCACUUUUUAGAAUUUCUGGGGUGGUCGUUUACGAGAGCUUCGACUGUAAUAAAAAUUAUUCACCUAGUAAUAAAGAGGAGAAGUGUGAUGUCAUGUUACCAUGGAAGCAAAAUUUUUGGAUCACAACAAAAGGGAGCUUAGGCAACAACGAUGGCGACAAGAACGGCAAAAAAAGCAAUAAGUUUACAUUAAUAAAACAACUUUGCACAUCAUGCAUCAUGCUUUUCUGCACAUUUUUUAGCCAUCGUUGCAUGACUGCGACAUGAAACUUCCUAAUUUCACGCGUCUGCUUUACUGAGUAGGUGAACAAAACUCGGAUUUCUUAACUUGGAUAGGAUCCUUUCGGAUUCAACCCCAGAAAAUUUUGCCAACAUUUGGCAAAUUAAAUGAAUAAGAUAGAUGAAGUUUGAAACAGUGCAAAUUUACUUUUUAAGUGAAUUUUUGGUUUUGCUACCAUGGCAACAUGACAUAGCGACCCCUCUUUAUUUAGCUUUGCAUGUAAUAUUCUACAAUUCCAUGAGGGAUUUGCAAGUCUUGAUGAUUCAUUGUAAAAUGUUUGACUUGUUUAGGAGGACAUCCAAGUUCAAAUUGCAGUUUUUGCAUCAAGAGCAGUUGUCAGUCGGGUGUGGUACCUACGGAUUGUGGUGAUGAAACAUGAUCCAGAUGACACUACCUUUAAAGUGAGUUGAUCAUUGUUAUUAAUAUUCUGUUAGUGAAAGACUGUGAUAAGAAAACUCAGUAAAUUCCUUCUUGGUGUGUGUUCAUCACCCUUAAUAAGAUUGUUACUCUGCAUCCAUAAUUGUUACUUGACGACAAGGGUGUUAAUCAGAGGGGGCUUAUGACUUAUGGUUUGCCAGCUUUGUAGGAAACUAAUAAUACUUUCUGAUGAGUAGAACUCAGAUUGGACUAUUCAUAUAUAUAUAUAUAUUUCACAAAUUAAGGCUCUGGAAAACAGAUGUUAAAAUAAUUCUGUAGAAAUAAACCAAAAUUUCAGCCCAAAAAAAUCUACCUCCCCCCAGCCCCCGCCCAUUUAAUCUGCUCAGCCAAUGAAAAAGACCCCUUAAGUUACUGCAGUAUAGUCAUAUGAAAAUGUUAGAAUGUUCUCCUUAUGUUAUCCUGUUCCAAUGAUUUGUAUAGACGGUGAAGGAACGGGAACUUGCCAGCAAGUAUCAUCUGAUGCAGACUCAUCCAUGUAGCAUUUCCUCAGAUAUCAUCAUUUCAUUAAAACAUCAGUGCCAGCAGUUUAAACUUACCAGCGAAGAUUCACAGGUGAAUACUUUAAAUGAGAUGAAGAAAUUUCUCAAAUAAUAGUUGAACUGUAAAUGCCCAACUUCAAUAAUAGUAUUACACACCAUUCCAAAUUAAUACUUUGUUUUAGAAAAUUUUUUGCUCUAAAGUGUUACAUUGUUAUGCAGAAAAUGUUCAGCUCUCUCUCUGAAAAAGAGUCUCAGCCCCCAGGUGCUGGCUCCUUGGAAAGUUGAGCGGUGGGGUAGGGUCUCUGUAUUGGUUUAUAGCAGACUGGGUAUGUAAAUUUUAACCCAUAAGUACAUACUCCCAUUGGCUAUCUGGUCCCAGUUCUUCAAAAGGUGGAUAGCGCUAUCCACCAGAUAAAUCUCUAUCCAAUGGAUAGCGCAAUCGUUUUCCCUAAUAUUUAUCCGCUGGAUAGUGAUUUAUCCGGUGGAUAGGGCUAUCCAACCUUUGAACAACCGGGGCCUGGAGGUGACAUAACAUAACCUAUGAGAAGUCUCUCUGAGGGCAACAUUGCAAAAUCUAUAUUAUGUCAGAGGGAACAAUGCAUUUUUUUCAUAAGGUAGUUUUGUUCUUACCAUCAAUAUAACAGUUUUCCAGUUUAGGAACAGUCAGAGUUUUACAUUCACUGUCAUUAAUGUGUAUGUUUUUUUGCCAACAGGAGGUUGAUUACCACAUAAUUGAGAAUCUUGUUCAUGGGUUUUGGUUUGUGGUUGAGUUCCAUUUGGAACAUUUAAGCAAUGAAGUUGACCAGUUUGUUGGAAAUGUCUGUGUCGAGCCUAAAGGUCUCCCUGUUGGUGAAAAAUGUCCAAUCAACAAGAAAUUCAAUCUUGGAAUCACCGAAGAUUUUGAACUGAAGGUUAGCUAUAUCCUUUGAAUUAAACCAUUUACAUCCAGUACAUCCAUAGAUUGAUUGCGAUUUGCUCUGAUUUAAAUACUGUUGGCCAGAAACAAUCAAUGUGGUACAUUAUAUGAAAUCUCAACUAAGACGGUGUUAAUAGUUUGUAGGCAAAAUUUGUACUUCCACUAAAAUGUGACUUUGCUUGUAAAGAUGUGAUCACCAAAGUAUAGAUCAGCGUUCUGGGAUUUGUGGUGCACAGGACACCCAGCAUAUUCCUACAUACCUUACAAUCCCACCUUAAAGCCCUGGGCUUAUAUAACUUCAUAAGGGGUUUUGGGUGAUUAAACUUAUCUGAGAAAUGAAUUAAAGAGAAUUACAGAGUUACCGGUACCGGAUAUACCAUUAUAUCCAGAAUACUAUCCUCAUUAGUUAAUGGAUGGGCUUAUAUCCAGGGAAGGGGAGGGUUAAAACUGGAAGGGGCUUUAACAUGGGAUUUUGCAGUAUGUUAUAAUUGCAAAGUGACAAAUACAAAUUCUUCAGACUGAUCUCCUUACAUUUCCUUACAGAAUUGGUUAUAAGAGAAUUUGAUAAAAUAUCAAAGCAUUUUCCCUUUGGUGAUCAUUUUUAUUAAUUCUCACAGCCUUUCCAUUGAUUGUGGUGACAUUGUUAGGAGAAAAUUGGUGUUGGUCACUCACUCUUUGGAUUUUAAAAGCAGGGCUCAAAAUAAAAGUGCCUAUAACCCAUAGCCAAUAUCUUUCUUUUUAAAAAGUAGAAACAUAUAACAUGCAAAAACAAGCAAUAGAAUGAGAUUUGAGCUCAAUCUCGAUUUUUAACAGGUGAUCAAAAUCCCAGUUCACGAAGUAAAAGACGUGCCUUAUGAGGGACUGGGCCUGUGACGUCAACCCAGUAUCUCAGUGAUAAUACGAUUGGCUACAAGAUACUGGGUUGACAUCACAAGCAUUUAGUGCCAAGUCUCUCAAUCACUCCUUUUUGAAUAAAUAAGGUGGGAAAUUAGCCUCAAAUUGCCAAUUUCGUCCUUCGAUAAAAGUGUGUUGAAAUGCAAAAUAACUUUUAUUUCUUCGCAAAAAUUCUUUAAACUACCAAAGUGUUCAAAAUUUAAUAUAACUGAACACAGUUGAUAGGCACUGUAACGCUCGCAAACUCGCAAAAUGCAAGUGAUUUUGAUGAUCUGCGAGUGAGGAAAAUAUCCAGUAGCAAUCGUCCAAUAAGAAUUAUCCACGUCUCCCAAACAAAGGGAAAGCAUUUGCUAGUCAUCUCACCAGUUUGCUAGUGGAAAAACACUCUUACGAGUAAAAUUUUGCAAGUGCACUAGAAAGUUAACUUUGAGCCCUGCUUUAAUGGUUUAACUCCAAGGUUUAAAAAAAUUAGUACUCAUUCAGUAACCUGCAACCUGUUUUUCUUUAAUUUACAGCAACAGUGCAGCAAAUGUGAAAAACCUGGGGGUUGUAACACAGAACACCAGCCCUGUAAAUCACGAGUUAUUUCUGAUUAUAAACUGCGGAGGAAAGUUUGUCAGCAACUAGAUAACACUGUGCAUUCAUGUUACAACUGGAAAGAUGUAGCCGGACGGCUGGAAUUUUCUGUGGAAGAUAUAAACAACAUUGAAUACUUGGCAUUUUGCCGUCAUGGAUUCUCCCCAAUGGAGAAUGUUCUUUCAAGAUGGGAACAACGUGACCCUCAAUGCAGCUUAGAAAGACUUGUCAGCAUUUUAAGAGAAAUUCAAAGAGUGGAUGUGGUUUGUGAACUUGGUUAUCCUGUGGACUGGAGAAGCUCAUGA